CCCCCACCUUCCCAUCACUUUGUCUCCACAACAAUACAACGACACUCCCAGUCACAUAUUAACACCAUCAUCUUACUGCCCCUGCUACGACAAGCCCACACGUACGCGUCGGCGACACGACGCAGACCAAACAACCAGCCAUCACGACGACAACAACAACACUGACUCGCCCGCUCCCCUCGCCCCCGUCCUCACCCCCAGCCAUGGCCGACGCAGCUGGGGGACCGUCGACGGCGGCAGUACCAGCGGCAGCGACAACAGUGCCGCCAGCACAGCUCUCACCCCCGAGCGCACCUCCGCCCCUCCCUUCGCCCGACCUGCCACCGACGCCCGGCGAGGGUCCAGCGCGACCAUGGGUGCAUGACGACGCGCGGCUCUAUUUCCUCCCGCCGACCAUCAGCGCGCCUACCCCGGCACCGCAGGCACUCAUCAACGACCUGCUCGACGUGACCCGCGACUACCGGGACUUUGUCGACACGGUCGGGCGCAUCGAGUACGAGUACGGGCGUGCGCUGUCUGCUGCCGUGAAAAAGUUCGAGUCGCGCCUCGACCAGGUCCUCCUUCCGCUGCCUGGCGCUCGCAAGCCGCCGCAGCCGACGCUCGUCGGCGCCAUGCGCGCGCACCUGGUCGAGAUCAACGCCACGGCCAACCUGCACCAGAAGCGCCCGGCCGCGCUGGGCGCGCAGCUCGUCCAGCCGCUGACCCACAUCGAGAAGCGGGGUGGCGAGAGCGCGCGCCGCCUCGGCGCGUGGUCAAAGGACAUUCGCGCGCGGUGGGACGUCGGGCGUGAACACGUCGAUGGCGCACGCUCGAAAUACCACACGGCGGUCAAGGAGCACGACGCGGCGCUGAUGCGGUUCCGGACCGUCGCGACCCCGCCGCAGGACGGGUCCAAGAUCGACGGCGACUGGGCCAAGCUCGAAAAGGCGACCAACGACGCCGAGGUCACCCGCGCUGACCGCAAGCGCGCGUACCUCGUCGCGCUGGCCGGCGAGGGGCCCGAAGGAGGCGGUGGGCAGGAUCUUGCUGAAGGCGGAGGCGUCGGCGGCUGGGGCGAGGAGGCGAGGGCGCUCUAUGGCCAUGUGCACACAUCGCUGCUCGACUUGCUGAAACACCAGGCGAGGGAGGACAGGGCACACGCCGAGCUGCUGGCGACGAUUCUUGCUCGCGUGCCCGAGAACUAUGAGGCCGUGUCGCUCGCGACGGACGAGGACCUAUUCUUGGACUGGAACAAGACUGGGAAGAGCAUGGUUAAUGGGUACGCCACCGGCGUGCCACCUGAGUCGCCGGCUUCGAUGCUGUCCCCACCGCUCAUGUCCCCGCUCGCGCCUGGCUCGUCGCCGUUCUCGAGCCCAGCGCUGUCCAUGGGCUCGGCGCACACCAACGGCGGGAGCCACCAGUCGCUCACGUGCUUCAAGUACGUCCCGCCGCCGUCGGCGCGCGAGGAGAAGCCCGAGCUCAGCACCGACAAGCGCGACGACCGUAACUGGCUCGUCAACAGAUGGGUCAAGAGCUCCGCCGCGCUGACUGCGAUCGUGGGCAACGACGGCGUGGACCAGGGUAUCCUUGGCGCGAAGCGGAGAGAGCUGGAUGCAUUGCGAGAGCAGUGCACCACGUACUCUGCCGACCGCGGCCUCGGCGAUCCAGAGGAGAUGUGGGAGCGCAGGCUCGCAGUCAUCCGAGACCUUGGCGUCAUUGAGCGCAAAGUGGCUGUCGCGCGCGCCGAGAUUGCUGCGAUCGAGGCGGUGCUUGGACCGCUGCCUGGACCCGAGAUGGCACACGACUUCAAGGAGCGCGCUUUCCCCACCCCUGGCCACUGCGACGCGUGUGGAGAAAAGGUGUGGUCACCACUCAAGCCUGAGCUCGCCUGUCGAUUAUGCGGCAUCGCCCUACACGUCAAGUGCGCGCUUCACGUCGAUCCAGAAUGUACCGGCCUGAAAUCCAACCGCCGACGGUCGCAGCACGGCCGGAUACGGCGGUCGAUAACCAGCGGCGCGCUGCUGCUACGACGGCAGACAGUAUUUGGCUCCCCACACGAUGGGCCACAGGAGUAUGCCACGACACAACAGGUCCGCCUCGAGCCAAUACGAGAUGGCGACCAGACUGUGUCACCGUUCUUCUCGGACGACCACAUCGGUGUCGUGGCGGCCGCUGCUGUCGAGGAGAUGGCCGCCGAGGAGGCCGCGGUGGCAGCCACGCCACCGACACAACCGGUACCACCACCGCCCUCGGUCGCCCUUGCACGGGUACUCUACUCAUACCCUUCGGCUGGCGGGCCCGAGAUCACAGUCAGCUCGGGCGAGGUGGUACGCGUGGUGGAGGACGACGGGUCGGGGUGGAUCAAGGUCCGGCGUGGUCUGCAGGCCGGCGACGAGGGGUUGGUGCCGCGCACCUAUGUCGACCUCGUGGGUGGGUCGGUCCCGCCGCAGGACGGUGCGGGCGGCCUGUUCGUCGUCGCCCUGUUCGACUUCCCGCCACCCUCGCACACGCCCGGACAGGGGGAGACAUCGGUCAAGCAGCACUCGAUAUACGAGCUGUCGGACGAGGGCAUGGCCUUUGACGAGGCGUGGUGCGAGCUUUGCGUGCCCGAUGCCAGCGGGUCAGGACUCCGACUGCGCGGCGUCGUGCCAAAGACGUACGUCAAGGCGAUCUAAUCGUCGGUAUGCCGGUGUGUGCACGACGCCCCGCGCAUCCCGAGGGCCGAUGGGCACAACUACUGCACGGGCCGGCCCGCGCCUAGAACUUAGAGUUGCGCAUAAGCGUAACCAACCAACUGUAUAACACUGUGUGCACACGACUGUCUAACGUGUAUAAUGAAUGCCAUGCGCUUGUGAAUA